GGCUGCCCAGAAAACGUCAUUAGACUGCGUCCAGAAGUCAAAGCACAGAGGGGUCAAAGGCAACGAAAAACGGGCGGUUAUUUAAUGUCUACAUGCACUGUAGCUAAUUGUUGUACAAAAACCGUCAUUGCUUAUGGUACAAGUAGAGGACCGACGGAUAUCACCACCGUCUGUCAUGUCGUACUGCAAGCAAGAGGGUAAAGAUCGCAUCAUCUUCGUUACCAAGGAAGACCAUGAAGCACCCAGCAACGCUGAGCUCAUUGCAGACGACCCCAAUGACCCCUACGAAGACCAUGGCCUGAUCCUGCCUAGUGGAGAGAUCAACUGGAAUUGUCCAUGCCUGGGAGGGAUGGCUAGCGGGCCCUGUGGGACACAGUUCAAGGAGGCCUUCUCCUGCUUCCACUACAGCAAUGAGGAGGUGAAGGGUUCAGAGUGUAUCGACAACUUCCGCGGUAUGCAGGAGUGUAUGCAGAAGUACCCCGAGCUCUACCCCCAGGAGGACGAGAACGAGGGAGCCUCCCCAGGAGGGGCUGACGCUGCUGCCCCUGCGCCCGCGGAGGACUCAUCCCCAGCACCAGUGCCCUCUAGUGACUCUACCCCGUCCUCCCCAACACUGGAGUCUGCCCCGUCAUCCGACAAUACACCACCCACAGACAGCCAGGCUGCCAGCUAAAAUCACCCACCCUCCACCAUCCCCCGGUCUCUCCCUGAAACCACUGCCGAGCACAGACCACUCUCUGGGGAGAUCAGCUCUGUUGACUGAUGCCUCAGACCUGUUCUCUUGGUUCAACAUUCGUCACGAGGGAGAAUUACUUUUAAAGGAGGCCUAGAACUGCAGAGGAGUUAAGUCUCCUACAGGGCAUAUGCUGUGAGAGGAGGAGGACAAUACAAAAUAAAUACAAAUCUUUUUCUUAUGCUUUAUUAUGCAGUGGUUGUUGAUCUCCUGAGGUUCCUACAGUGGUGAGUUUGUAGAGGAGGGCUUGUUCGCUGCAGAAUACUUUAGUUAAAGGACUCUCAUCCAAAACAAUUUAGCUGCUUAUUGUCAAGCUUCAAAUCGGGUAAGUUGUGCCAUUCUGCGUUAAUUCUACACUGGAGGUGUGUAACCUACUAUCAAUGUUACUGGUCAGACUAGUUUGUGAUCACUUGACUUAAUGUUAGGCUUGGGCGGUAUACCAUAUACCGGGGUAUUUGGAAAUAGUCUGUUUUUUCAAUAUGUCAAUAGCAUUGAAACUUUUUAUUUGACGUUUUUCAACACAUUUUAAUAUUUGUAGCUACUUUUUAAAUUAAAAACCCGCAGUCAACUUGUGCAAUACUUUAGGAGAUGAAGCCGAUUGCAUUCUUCAUUUCACCGGUCACAUUAUUUUACACUAUGAAGCUUACCAUAGUUCCAGCUGUGUAUUGACGUGUCGCAUUUUAUAUUGAAAGUCGUGUUUUUUUGCUUCAAUAGAGUGAUCAGGGAUGUGCAUCUAUAGUUUUCCUUCAGAGAAAAUACAUUAGUGCAACACAUUAUGCUUCAUUUUAAUCAGAUGACAAAAGAAGUGCAACGCUAUUUGGCUGGCAGCAACAAGUAACUGAGCUUACAAUGAAAAAAGCAAGGUAUUUUUUGCAAAAA